UUGCUAGUUGGGAUCUUCAUUUUAUUUCGGAACAAAUUUGCUCUACCUGCCGGCCUGUAAGGCUUAAUCGCCUGUGAUUGAUGGUUUGAGGCCACCAUUGGCAAAGUGUAGGUCUUGGGCAGCAGGCAAAGAAAUGGUGAAUCCCUGGGCCAGAAAAUCACGAAGAGGCCAAUCCUGAGUGCUGACCUCCAUCUUAUGCCAAAGCAGCAAAUUAGCACAGUUGUGUGUGCAUGUUCUAGUAUAGAAAAGAAACAACUUUGUGGGCUAAAUAGGAUUUAGUUACUGCACCAUAAUAGAACCUCCCAAGCAUUUGGUGUUCAGAAACUAAGAGCAUCGAAGAACAUAGUAGCCAUACAGAGUACAAACCAAAUGGCAAGAUUUUCCAGCAAGAUUUGGAACUGGACUUUUUUAUUCUAUACAUCUUGCCUUUCCUGAUUCCUCCUUCCCUGUGUGUUCCUGUGGUGGUGUUGUUUUUUUUUAACUACUGGUUUUAACAACCCAGCUAUUUAUUUUAGAAUUAUUUAAUUUGGUCUGUCACCUGCUAGGUUAGGUGUCAGGAACUUGCUGUCGCCUGAAUGGACAGGGACACUUUUGCUUACUCCACUAAGUUUUUUCGUGACUAUAGUGGCCCAACUCGGGGUGCAAGCUGCCAGAGUCACGAACAUGUUGACUACAUUGAAAAACCGGAAGUGUUCACUUACGCAGACUUCUUUAAGGAUUACUUGAUCCCCAAUGACCCCUGUGUUUUCUCAGCAAAAUUCACGGAGGGCUGGGGCAGCAGGAGAAAAUGGGUGACUCCAGAUGGGAAGCCUAACUUUGAAUAUCUCCUGCGGACAUUUGGGGAGGCUGUAGUACCUGUUGCCAACUGUGAUGUCAAGGAAUACAAUUCUAACCCAAAGGAACAUCUUAAACUCAAGGAGUACAUAAAUUACUGGAAAGAACACAUUAAAAAAGGCUAUCGAUCACCCCGGGGCUGCCUUUACCUCAAGGAUUGGCAUCUGCACAGGGCCUUCCCAGAGCAAGAUGUUUAUACCAUUCCUGUCUAUUUCUCAUCUGACUGGCUGAACGAAUACUGGGAUGCCAUAGCAGUGGAUGAUUAUCGUUUUGUUUACAUGGGACCUAAAGGUUCAUGGACACCAUUUCAUGCCGAUGUCUUCCGCUCAUACAGUUGGUCAGCCAAUAUCUGUGGAAAAAAGAAAUGGCUGAUCUUCCCUCCGGGACAGGAGGAGUUCCUGCGAGACCGCCAUGGCCACUUGCCGUUUGACAUCACCUCCCCAGAGCUGAAGAAGGGCAGCCUUUACCCCCGCUAUGCCCAGAGUAGCCCUCCGGUUGAAAUCAUACAGGAAGCUGGCGAGAUCAUCUUCAUCCCAAGUGGCUGGCACCAUCAGGUUUACAAUCUGGAAGACACUAUUUCCAUCAACCACAACUGGGUGAACGGGUGCAACGUGGCCAUCAUGUGGAGCUUCCUCCAGGAUGAGCUCGCUGCUGUCCAGCGGGAGAUCAGAGAAUGGAAAGACAGCAUGGAGGAUUGGCAUCUACAGUGCCAGGUAUUGAUGAAGUCUUACACAGGCAUUGACUACAAGGAGUUCUACAACUUCCUCAAGAUCAUUGCGGAAAAUCGGAUUUUUGUCCUUGAAAACCACCAUUCUGAGGAAGAUGCCUCAAAGCACUCCUACAGAGCUGCUAUCUCUGGCUUGGGGAUGCUGCAUGCAGUCUUUGAUUUGAAAAGAACUGCAAAGGUCUUGACCUCUCUAAAUGCCAAUGAAGAAUUCAAGAAACUGAACCCUGAAACCCUCUCCCCUCCACCUUCGGCGCUCUUGCACCGCCUGAAAGCAGCCAUAGACACAGCCCUCCUCUAGUUCCAUGAUUCUGACCACUUGCAAAAACGCUGCUUUUGCAAGCUGGGUGCAUGCUGAUCCAUCCUUUCCAUCACCCCAUUUAGAAGUCUUAAGCACAGUGAAUUUCUUGGUGAAUGGGGAAUACAAGUCAGAGUGCUAGGGGGUUUAAAAGUGCAUAGGAAACCAGCAAAGGAGGAGAAGUGGUAGCAUCCCUUUAGUACACUUUGGUGGAGAUGGUCCAGUAGCUUGUUGAGAACUAGCUACAUGAAUGUGGCUUAUUUGUGCCAGUUGUUCUAAGCUAAGUCCUUGCAUCCUGCAAUACUCUAGGGCCUAGGCUCUUUCCUUUGCAGGAAGGCCCACUGAAUGCAAUGGAAUACACUUAGGAUUGUGCCCCUUGUUUCUUGUGGGGUAGGCUUUUAGGGCAGCACCAAGAGACAUAUAGCAUCCAUUUCAGGUUUUGGGUAUGCUGGUGAAGAAAGAAGCAUGUGUACUGUACCAGUAGGUAUGUACAACUCACUUGUUCAUAGUCCCCAGCAAGUCUCCCUUCUCUUCGCUGUGUAAGGGGGGCGGGGGGGUCAGGUGUAUUCACCUCAGGCUCGGCACUACACGUUCAGGGACUCUGAGCAGAGGCAGCUCAGCGGGCCUGCAGGGUCCAAGCAUGGCAUCUGAAAUAUGAGUGCCCUCUCUCCAGAUCAGCUGCGCCCGUUGUGAGGCAGCAAGUCCUCCUGCUAACCCUUCCUUUCUUUAUCUGCCUUCACAUAUUCAGUGAUUGCCAGAACAAGAAGGCCUAAGAAUAGGUGUGCAGUUGG